CACGAACCAAGUUCGGCUUCCCAGAUCCCCCAUCUUCGCUGGGAAACCGUCGACAUUGCCCCAAGGUGCCCGCUUGGGACGGAAGGCGGUCAGUUUCCGGAGGGUUCAAAGAGUGUCAAUCAAGGUGUAAAAAAAAGAGGACCGUUGAAAGAAUGUGUUUGUGUGUUUGGAUGCAGAAGAGAAACCGUUCCAUUAGCCCGUCGCUUCUGUCUGAGGGUUCGACUUGCAAAUUGUCAUGGCAGAGAGCCGCCCGCAUCUGUUUCAAGUCAGUCUGGCUAUGAAUUUACAACUGACCACGCGAUUGACGGAAACAGACGCACAAGUCCAGCUCUCCAUCUAUGAGUCAAAGCGGACCCGUAGCACAUGCAACAGUUCCUAUGACGGAAAGAGCAUCGUUAGCCCUGCUUGCCUCUGCGCGGGUGGGAGGUGAAGGGGUCUCCGUUGGUAUUCUGCGACAGGAUUAAGAGUUCUUCUGGCACAUAUCGAGUCUUUAUCAAGAAUCGGCGCCCGGCUUAAUACAUCAGAUAGGAACCUCAAGAGAACCGUGUGUUGCCGGGAUUCUUUGAAAAGACUCCCCCAAUGCAGUAACUUUCUGUCUGUGCAAAUUAUUUAUAUCUAUGCCUGGCUGUUGUCUGUCAGCUUCCAACGAAGAAUACAUGAUAGGACAGAGGAUUG